UGUGGACAGGAUUUUUAACAUCUCUGACGGGAACGUGUGUGAUACAACAUCAGACACACAAGCUCGUGAUGAACCCAAAACAGUCUGUUUUGAUAACAUUAAAUGAGUCUGCUUGUUAAAUAGACUGCGUUAGCUUGUUUGUGCUGUAGAUCGCUCCUUCAGAGGUGACAAAUGAAACGAUGGAAAAUUUAGAACUGAGCCUGUCCUCACUGGGCACAAUAUCAAGACAUGUUGACAAAAGUCACAACCAACUGAGCCAGUAUCUGUCCAAACAGAUAUGGAGCCAGCAGGACAGGCAGUGUAUUCUGGAGUGUUUAGCUCAGCUGCUGCUGGAGAAGGACUACACGCUGCUGAUUGCUCGACACCUACGGCCGCUGGUUCUGGAUCUGCUGGAGAGGAACGCAGAGAGAGUUAAAGCUGGUGGCAGGAUUAAUCAUGACCUACAUGAACGCCUGUGUGUGGCCCUCAGCAAACUCCUUGGCAUCAGUCCUGAUGCACAAGCAUUUGCAGCAAGAUACUUCAAUGAUGCUCCACCAGUGUUUCAGAGGCUCUUCUUCACCAGUGAGGAGGCCUCAGCUGUUCAGUAUGGACCCAGGAGGAUGAAACUGCGCGACCUCAUGGGAGCCACGCUGCGUUUCCUUCAGAGUGAUUGUGCAAAGUUUCGGAUGCUGUGGGACUGGAGUCCCUGCGUAUCUCAGCUGCUCACCAGUGACGUCAUGGUUCGAGGAUACACAGCUCAUUGUCUAGCGCUAGUCUCUCACAUGACUGAUAAUCAGAAAACUAUCUUUCUGAGGAAGGUGCUCACAAGUGACGAGAUCCUGCACAUGAAAAUCAAAGCCUUGGAGGAGUCUCAGCAGCUGGAAGUAGAAAAAGCUCUGGUGUUAGCCAAUCAGGGCUCUGUGAUGUGGCGUCAGGAGAAGGCGAAUAAGUUUACGAGGGGUCAGGUGGUUUCAGACGAUCUGUCCCAUAACGUAGUGGCCGUCUGUGGUGUUGUCCUGCCCAGGAUAGCUCCCAGAGCCACUGAACAGCAGAUGAAUACAAAAGAUCUGGUUCUGGUCGACUCUACCUGCCGUAACCUGAGGAGACUGGCACUGGCUGUGGCAUCCCAGAAGCCUGUACUGCUUGAGGGUCCUAUUGGCUGUGGUAAAAGCGCUCUGGUUGAGUUCAUGGCUGCUGUCACAGGACACACAAAAGCUGCAGAGAUCCUCAAGGUCCAGUUAGGGGACCAAACUGACAGCAAGAUGCUGCUGGGGAUGUACCGCUGUACUGACAUCCCAGGGAAGUUUGUUUGGCAGCCUGGGAGUCUGACACAAGCUGUCACAACAGGCCAGUGGAUCCUUCUGGAAGACAUUGACCAUGCCCCUCUUGAUGUGAUCUCUGUGCUGCUGCCUCUGAUGGAGAAUAAAAAGUUGAUGAUCCCAGGGCGAGAGGACUGCAUCGAUGUUGCUCCUGGCUUUCAGUUCUUUGCAACAAGAAGAAUGUAUUACAGUGGAGGCAGCUGGCACAAACCCCAAAACUCUCAUGCAGCUUUACUAGACAAAUACUGGACCAAACUGCAGAUGGGAAACAUGACGAGAGAGGAGAUGAAGACGGUGCUGAUCAGCAGGUACCCUCGGCUGACAAUGGUGUCAGACCGUCUCCUGGAUAUUUACUGUCAACUGACUGGGGAGAGACACUCUGAAGAGGACGACCAGCCGCACAAGUCUGAGGACAGAAGCACACCACUGGAGGGGAGAGCCCUGUCUCUAAGGGACUUGUUGAAAUGGUGUGAGCGGAUCAGCAUUAAUUUUGACAGCACCUCACCAGCCACAGCACAACACGUCUUUCUAGAGGCUCUUGACUGCUUCACAGCCAUGUUGUCUCGUCCUGAUAGUCGUCUUCGAAUGGCAGAAAUCAUUGGCAGCAAGCUUAACAUCUCCAGAGAAAAGGCCCAGCACUUCUGUCAGCUGUACCAGCCGGGCAUCGCUCUGAGCGAGCUGGAGGUCUCUGUGGGCAGAGUGGUCCUGAGUCGAAAACAGACUGAAGCAGUGCAGCUGAGUGUGGACAACCAGACGUUUGCUGCCACUCGUCCCUCUGCUGUGCUGCUGGAACAACUCGCCGUGUGUGUUGCCAAAGGAGAGCCUGUUCUUCUGGUGGGAGAGACUGGGACUGGAAAGACAUCCACUGUACAACACCUGGCCAGGGUCACAGGACACAGGCUGCGGGUUGUAAACAUGAACCAACAGAGUGACACUGCUGACCUGCUUGGAGGGUACAAGCCGGUUGACCACAAGCAGAUUCUUCUCCCUCUGCGUGAGGCAUUUGAGGACCUUUUCUCACAGACAUACUCAAGGAAGCAGAACCUGACCUUCCUGGGUCACGUACAGACCUGCUUCAGGGGGAAACGCUGGCACGAUCUGCUCAAACUCAUGGACCAUGUUUGCAAGUCUGCACUCACCAAAGAACUGCAGGAUAAAUCAGACGCUGAUUUGCUGCAGGAGAAAUGGGAGGCGCUAGCUCUCAAGCUGACUCAGACCCAGCAGCAGAUCCGUGCCUGUGAGACAGCCAUGGUGUUCGCCUUUGUGGAGGGAACAUUGGCUCAGGCGGUAAAGAAGGGACAGUGGAUUCUGCUGGAUGAGAUCAACCUCGCAGCAGCAGAGACUCUGGAGUGUUUGAGUGGACUGUUGGAGGGCAGUGCCGGAUCUCUGGUGCUGCUGGACCGAGGAGACACUGAGCCUUUGGUACGACACCCAGACUUCCGGCUCUUUGCCUGCAUGAAUCCAGCAACUGAUGUAGGCAAGAGGAACCUGCCGCUGGGCCUUAGGAACAGGUUUACAGAGCUUUAUGUGGAGGAGCUGGAGAAUGAGGGGGACCUGCGUAUUCUGGUCUCAGACUACCUAAAAUGUCUGAAUUCUCCCAGAAGCAUUGUCAGUGGAAUCAUAAGUUUUUAUCUGGCAGUACGAAAGGAGGCAAACUCCCAUCUGGUGGAUGGGACGGGACACCGACCCCACUACAGCCUGCGGACCCUGUGCAGGGCUCUGAAGUACGUUGCAGCGAAUUCCUGCAACAGUGUGCAGCGUUCUCUCUAUGAGGGUUUCUGCCUGAGCUUCCUGACCCAGCUGGACAGAAGUUCUCACCCUCUGGUCCAGAAACUCAUCUGUCAGCACAUCCUGAUGGGGAAUACCAAGUGUCUCAAACAACCCAUCCCUGCACCCCCAGGCCGGCAGUGUGUGGAUGUGGAGGGUUACUGGGUAUCUCAGGGAGAGAUGGAGCCAGCCCUGGACCCAAGCUACAUCCUUACAGCCUCAGUCAAACUGAACCUCCGCGACCUCGCCAGAGUGGUGUCUGCAGGGACUCACCCCGUGCUGAUCCAGGGAGAGACAUCUGUGGGAAAGACCAGUCUGAUCCGCUGGCUGGCUGCAGCCACAGGAAACCAGUGUGUGAGGAUCAACAACCACGAACAUACUGACAUCCAAGAAUACAUCGGCUGCUACUCAUCAGAUGACCGUGGCAAGCUAGUGUUCAAAGAGGGUGUUCUGAUUGAUGCCAUGAGGAAAGGCUAUUGGAUCAUCCUGGAUGAGCUGAACCUUGCCCCCACUGACGUCCUGGAGGCUCUGAAUAGACUCUUAGAUGAUAACAGGGAGCUCUUUGUGGCUGAGACACAGGAAGUAAUCAAGGCUCACCCCAGAUUCAUGCUGUUUGCUACCCAGAAUCCCCCUGGUCUCUAUGGUGGCAGAAAGGUUCUCUCACGGGCUUUCAGGAACCGUUUUGUGGAGCUUCACUUUGACGAGCUGCCCAGUGGAGAGCUGGAGACCAUCCUUCAUCAGAGGUGCAGCCUUCCUCCAUCCUACUGUACCAAGCUAGUCAAAGUCAUGCUGGACCUGCAGUCCUUGCGUAGGGGGUCUUCUGUGUUUGCAGGAAAACACGGCUUCAUCACCCUCAGAGAUCUGUUCCGCUGGGCAGACCGUUACAGGCUGGAGCAGCAGACAGAGGACUCUCACGACUGGCUGCAGCAUUUAGCUGAUGAUGGGUACAUGCUGCUGGCAGGACGUGUAAGGAAACCUGAAGAAGAGUCCAUCAUCCUCUCCAUCCUGCAGAAACAUUUCAAACGCACCGUGAACCCUGAAAACUUGUUCUCUAAGAAACAAGUUAACAGCCAAUUCAGCCCCUUUAUUGACAGCAUCGCUGGAGUUCCAGUAGAGUUUCGGCAUGUGGUGUGGACUCACAGCAUGAGGAGGCUGGCUGUGCUGGUGGGACGAGCGCUACAUUUUGGAGAGUCAGUCCUGCUCGUAGGAGACACAGGAUGUGGAAAGACAACAAUCUGCCAGCUGUUUGCUGCUCUGGCUGGACAGAAGUUUUUCUCAGUGAACUGUCACCUUCACAUGGAGACGUCUGACUUCCUGGGAGGCCUACGACCUGUCAGACAUCAGACCAGUGGUGAGGACAGCAGGCUGUUUGAGUGGCAUGACGGUCCUCUGGUUCUGGCUAUGAAGGAGGGAGGAGUGUUUCUCAUGGAUGAGAUCUCUCUGGCAGACGACUCUGUGCUGGAGAGACUCAACAGUGUUUUAGAGACAGAGAAGUCCCUUGUUUUGGCAGAGAAAGGAAGUGGAGACAAUGAUGAUGUGGAGCUGAUCAGAGCGGCGGAAGGUUUCCGCCUGGUUGCCACCAUGAACCCUGGAGGAGACUUUGGAAAGAAGGAGCUUUCUCCUGCCCUCAGGAACCGUUUCACAGAGAUCUGGUGUCCACAGAGUAACAGCCGGAGUGACAUGGUUCAGAUCAUCCAACACAACCUGCGCUCAGGACUCUCCCUGGACGGUGGUGACAUUGCAGAGCUGAUGCUGGACUUCAUUGAGUGGCUGACACAGCAGGACUUUGGCCGGCGCUGCAUCCUGAGCGUUAGGGACAUCCUGUCCUGGGUGAACUUCAUGAACACUGUGUGUGAGCGCGAUGAGGAUGGCUUCAUGACGAUGGGAGCUCUGGAAGAUGAAGAAGAAGCAGAGUGGGACCUCAGACUGGACACGGUGACUGCCUUCAUCCACGCUGCGUGUUUGGUUUACAUCGAUGGCAUUGGCUCUGGAACCACAGUGUCAUGUGCAGACAGCGCCCUCCUGGCACGCCGGCUCUGCCUGGGCUUCCUUCAGCAGCGUCUCAGUAAGAUGACCAAACUGGAUCAGGAGAUGCUGGAUGCUCUGAGAGUCUAUGACAGCAGCCUGUCCAGGGAGCCCCAGUGGGGAGAAGACUUCUUUGGCAUUGACCCCUUCUACAUUGCUUUGGGUCCUCAGACUGAGACCCGUAACCUAUCAGACUAUGCCAUUGCGGCAGGCACCACAGCAGUAAACGCUCAAAGGCUGCUUCGAGCACUCAAGCUGCAGAGGCCGGUGCUACUGGAGGGAUCGCCUGGUGUGGGAAAGACCAGCCUCGUAUCAGCACUAGCUAAAGCUUCAGGAAACCAGCUAGUCAGAAUCAACCUAUCAGAGCAGACGGAUGUGACUGAUCUGUUUGGGACAGAUCUACCUGUGGAAGGGGGGAAGGGAGGAGAGUUUGCUUGGAGAGACGGCCCUCUGUUGGCUGCUUUGAAGGCAGGGCACUGGGUAGUCCUGGAUGAGCUGAACCUGGCCUCUCAGUCGGUGUUGGAGGGUCUGAACGCCUGCUUCGAUCACAGAGCAGAGAUUUACAUCCCUGAACUGGGAAUGAGCUUCCAGGUUCAGCACGAGAAGACCAAAAUCUUUGGCUGCCAGAAUCCUUUUACCCAAGGAGGAGGACGUAAAGGACUUCCAAAAUCCUUCCUUAACAGAUUUACUCAGGUUUUCGUGGACCAGCUUACAAGCAAAGACAUGGAGUUCAUUGGAGACUCAAUUUUCCCCAACAUUGACAAAGAAAUCAUCGUUAAAAUGGUGCAGUUCAGUAAUAGGCUGGUCAAGGAAGUGUGUGUAGAGCGACGAUGGGGUCAGAGAGGAAGCCCCUGGGAGUUCAACCUGCGUGACAUGUUUCGAUGGUGUCAGCUGAUGCAUGCCGACCAAUCACCAGGUUUCUUCAACCCUGGUCAGCAUGUUGCCCUGGUAUAUGCUGACAGGAUGAGAACAGAGGCAGACAAGGCUCAGGUGCUGUCUGUGUUCAGGAAAGUGUUUGGUGAGGACUUUGAGCCUUACAGUGGCUCCAGAGAGUUUCACAUCACUCCACUCAACCUGCAGGUGGGUUUCUCUGUCCUGCAACGCAGCGGCGGAGCCCCUGUGGCCCUGGACCCUCCAUUGUCCAUCACUCACCAGGCACUGCGACCACUGGAGUCCCUGAUGAAGUGUGUGGAAAUGGGCUGGAUGACCAUACUGGUCGGCCCCACAGCCAGUGGGAAGACCAGCCUAGUGAGGCUUCUGGCUCUGCUCACUGGACAUCGGCUUCGGGUGAUGGCCAUGAACAGUGCCAUGGACACCACUGAGCUGCUCGGGGGCUUUGAACAGUUGGAUAUCAUGCGGCCAUGGCAGCAAGUCCUGGAGAGCGUUGACUAUAUAGUUGCCAUGGUGAUAAGACGUGGCCUGAUGUCUCUGGAUGUUGGCGUGCAGGACACAGAGUUCCUACUGCAGACAUGGGGUCUGUUCUGUCGCUGGCUGAAGGAGGAGGGGCUGCAGAGAACAGGAGGAGCAGUGAACUCUGAGGCUGUGAACAAGUUGGAGGUCAUCAUCCUGCUGCUGCAGAAACUAAACACCAAGCUGAAAGUCUUCACUGACAUGUCCAAACUGCAGACGGACUUCACCCUGCUGAAGGAGCGUGUGGCUCAGUUAGAGGAUGGAUGGACUAAUGGAGGCUUCGAGUGGUUAGAUGGGAUGCUGGUACAAGCUCUGCAUGCCGGGGAUUGGUUGCUCAUGGACAAUGUCAACUUUUGCAAUGCUUCUGUCCUGGAUCGCCUCAACGCUUUGCUGGAGCCAGGUGGAUCUCUAACCAUCAACGAACGUGGUGUUAUAGACGGCAAGACCCCCAAAAUCAUCCCACAUCCUAACUUCAGGCUGUUCCUGACAAUGGACCCUGUACACGGGGAGCUUUCCAGAGCCAUGAGGAACAGAGGAGUCGAGGUCUACAUCCCUGGGGAACAUGAGGCAGUCUGCUGGGACUCACAGGACCUGAAGACUCUCCUUCACACUGCAGGAGUGACUGGGGACUGUGUGUGUGAGCUGCUGAUUGAGAUACACAAAAGCAUCAAAUCUGCUAUCUGGGACUCCCCUGCCUCAUCAGUGGCUUCCCUCCUCCAUGCUGCCACGCUGCUGUCCUGUCAGCUGCAGAGAGGUGUAGAUUUACCCAGCGCCCUGCUGCAUGCAUGUGGAGAGGCCUACUCUCUCUGCCAGCGCACCACUGCCAGCCAAAAGCAAGCCCAGCAGGUGAUAGAGCAGCACUUAUCCAUUCUGGACACAGAGGACUGGGGUAAUGGGCUGCUGUGUGCUGGAGUCUGGCCUGAUGGUUUCCCCUCAGCCCUUCUCUCUACCGAGGACUCCUGCUUCUCAGCUGUCCUCCGAGAUGGACAGGUCCUCUCGUUCUGCCUGAACACACUCAGCCUUCAGGGAAAACGGAGUCGCCCGCUGAGUCUGAGUGACCUGCAGAGAGCGCUGCAGAGUAGUGGUGUCAAUGAAGGUGUGGUGUUUUCUGGGGGAGUAGUGGAUCUGGCAGAUGGAGAUGCUCUGAGGCUGAUUCCCACCGCAGUGAGACUGCUCACAGAGAGAGCAUCACAUGGAGACUGGAUCCUCCGCAGCAGCUGGCUUUCUCAUCUCGGGAAGAGCUUCAAGCAUGUCCCUGAUCCAGCCUUGGUUCAGGUGGAGGCAGGAAACAGAGCCCUAAAGGCUGUGUUUGCUGGUAAACUUGCUGCAAAAGGAAAGUCAUUGGCAGAGCUGCUGCAGCCUCACAAUAUUGAUGAAUACAGGAUCCUGGUGGACAUGCGCUGGAACAAGCAAUACCUUGAUAUUUUAGCUAACAAGUGCAACUUUGAGGAUGAGGAAAGAUACACUGAGUUCCUGGAGGCACUUAAUGCAGUUGCAAACAGGAUCAUCUUGAUGAUGGACAGAGAAGAGCGGUCGGUGAUCUGCACCUGUGCCAUUAACAUGUCGGCUCAGAACUGUGCUCUGAGGAUAGCUACAGCCUUCAGCAAAGGCACUGUGGAUGUUGGUCACUUGCCUCAUCCUGUGCUGAUGCACCUUAGGACGUUCUUUGACCUGUGGGACUCAUUCACACUGCAGGCAGUGCAAAACGGACAGCCUUACAUCUCAGACCACAUCACGUUUGAGGUCCUGCAGCUGCUUCAGUGGCUUGAUCGGUUUUGGGAUGUCUGCAGCACACUGCCGGCCGACUCUCAGGGCAUCUCUGUGCUGUCUCUGCACUGGCAGUGGGUGCAGAAACACCUCAUCCUACGCCUGCCACAGCUGCUGCUGGGAGACAAUGACACUGCAGUAGAAGGUUACCAGGAGCUGCAGGUAGUCUCAGCAGCCAUCCAGACUGUUCUGUCCACCCCGGUGUCUUUGGCUACGGCGCUGAAAGGAAUCCAGAAAACACUUGGGAAAGCUCUGCCUUUCAAGCUGGAGUCAGUGGCAGAGUGUGCGUCUCGGCUAAGGCUCCUCAGUAAAGCCCUCGAUGUGAGCGAUCUAAGGCUGGAUGGUUCAACUUCUCUGAGGCAGGAGCUGCUCCGUCUUCAGGGUGCUGGUCUUGGACUGGACAUUAAAGAGAGUCUGUUGGAGGCUUGGGGUCUCAUUCUGCUGGCAAACAACCAGCUGGAUCCACAGACAUCUGGAGUGAUGGAGAGGUUGGUGUUGAGUGUGGAGCAGCAGCAGCGUCAGAUGACAUCCAGAGGCCUCCUAGAGGUCUGUAUGCCAUCAGAAGGGGAAGAACCAGCAGACGGAGUCCACCUGAGCCAAGGAGAGUUGCAGCAACUCAGCCGCAGAGCACAGUUGUGGCCACUCAUGGAGCAGCUGGCUGUCCUCAACCAGCUAAGACUGAGCACUGACCUGCUGCACUUCGCUCUCUCAGCUGGUGACCCAGAGGCUGAGGAAAGUUUACGUCGGGAACUCUCCAGACACCUGCGAUACUGCCUCCAGUCAACACCAAUGAAUGUCAGUCAGCUGCAGCCGCUCUGGUUUCUGCUCAGCAGUGACAAGCCGGCUGAGGAGCUGCAGUAUGUGUGGUGCGAGCUGCUCUCAGAGGCUCUGUCCACCCUGUGGACCAGCAGUGUGACCUCUGACCCUGACCUGUGGUUGAAAUGGGACCCACUGAGACCUGAGACUCGUCAAACUCUGAAGCUUCACCAUGGGGCUGACAGCAAAGGACCGGGCUUGUUGAGUAAAGCCGUGUGGUCGCAUUGCAUGCAGGGAGUUCUCAGCAGCAGUGAGACUGGAGGUCGAUGGGAACCAUCGGGCUCUGCACUCCUCUCCCUUUCCCAUGUCACCCUGGGGGAGUGGAAAGAGAGGAUCCAGCAGCUGCAGGAUGUUUCUGCUGUUCUGUGGGACAACAUGGCUGUCCCUGCUCUGGCUGGGUUCAGGGCGACAGAUUUCCGUCUCCAGGGUGCUGUCCUGCGUCGUCAGCUGCAGAGCAUGGCGGACCUACUGCCCCCCAGCCUGCAGGAGGGUUACAUGGAGAGCUGUGAGAGCCUUGUGGAGGACCCCGACCCACUGAUAGCAGCUCAGGAGAUCCAGACUGUGUUCAGAGACUUCCUUCCUCCUAAUCUGCUCCCUGCUGGCCUUCUGGAGGCCUGCAUCACCUGCCUGCAGCAGUAUGUGCAGAGUAAAGUCCAGGGGUCCAACACACCGGCUCGGUCCGGAAUGUUCUGGGUCAACAUGGGCCUACUACAGAUAAAAGUGUGGACGCCUCAGACCAUCUUUGACCCAGCUGUGAAGAGGGCAUACAAACUCAAUUAUGCUCAGCAGGAGCUGGCUCUCCUGCAGGAGGAAUGGAGAGGACGCAGUCUGUCGUCUCAGCUGCUGACUGGAGCAGUGUUGGAGGAGAGCAGCACCACAGAUGGCUUCCAGCAUCCCAGAAUAAGGUAUCUUUGGAUCCGUAUGCAGCAAGUUAAGGAGCAGAUCGCUGAGCUCUCCAGAAAACAAGCCUGUCGUCCACAUGAGCCGCAGUAUGGUCGACUCUUCCAGGAGCUGCAGCACUACCUUUGCAGCAUUGGGCAAGCAUCUGCGGUAGAAGACUUGCUGUCACACCUCCUAAAGGCACUGCAGACCUGCUCCUCUUCCUCCAAGUCCCGCUCAGCGAUACAUGCCCUGCUAAAGGAGGAGGCAGUGUGGCAGAACUCCCAGCAGCGCUUUUGUCAGAGGCUGCUGGAUGAUUACCCUCUGUACCCUGAUGUGGUCGGACCAAUUCGGACAGGAAUCUUCCUGCUCAGACACGGAAUGAGGCAGGUGGCCGCCCAGGUGGCCUCCUCACUCACAGCUGCACCUGGUCUACCCAAACUAGUGUCCUGCCUGUUGGCAUUCCCCUCCCUGUCUCCCAGCCUGCCAUCCUUCCUGUCCCGUGCAGACUUCCUCUGCUCCAGGUCAUGUUUGGAUGUUCUGCACUGCCUCGUUAAGUUCCUCCCCCAGCAGCAGGACUCUGAUCAUGUGAUACCUCAGUUGUCUACGCUACUCCUGAACGCUCUGCUGUAUGUUCAGUGUCACGCUCUGUCCACGGGAGAGUUCAGCCUUGAGACAUGUGGUCUCUUUAGACACAUCUGUCAGGCUCUUGUGAAUGAAUGGGAUGAGCAGGAGAGACGAAGGAGGGAGAAAGAGCAGAUGGAGGCAAGUUUGUACCGUAACCGCAGUCGACAACACGGCUCAGGACUAACUGAGGAUGAGCAGGAGGAGAGGGAGUUUAGACGACUGUUUCCUCAGUUCAACAAGGAUUUUGCAGACAUUGUGUCUCAGCCCAGCUUGGAGGCUCCAGUGGCCUCAGAGCUCCAUGAGGAGGACCAGGAGGAGAACCAGGAGGGGCCCAGUGAGAGCAGCUGUUUGUCUUCAGGUGCCAUGAACAUGGUAGUCCACAUUCAUCAGCAUCUCUGUCUGGGAUACGCCUGUUCUCUGUGGUACCAGAGCACCAAACCAGCCAAUCGCAGCAAAGAACACAUCACAGCCCUGGUCUCUUCUUAUCAGAUCGCUUCCCCUCUGAUGUCUCGCUUUUAUCAUCUCAUUGACUGCGACGUGGACCAGCAGCUGAGCGGCAGUGAGCUGCUGCUUUCCACUCUCCUCCAGAACACAGUGCAAGGUUCGGGGGGUUCUGAUGGUCUCUCUGUCACCUCAGAGGGUCCGUAUGAUUUCUACCAACAGCCCAACAUGAGCGAGGCCCGUCUCUGUCUGCCUGUCCUGGAGCAGAUGACUGCAGCAGUGAAACAGAGACUGGACGACUGGCCUGAGCACCCAGCACUCGUACAGCUGACUGUGGUCAUAGAGAGAAUCACCGCUUUCAGUCUGUCCAGUCCUUUGGCCAAGUUCCUCAACGGAAUGGAGAUCCUGCUCAGCAAAGCUCAGGAUUGGGAGAAUAAUGCCAGCCGCUCAGUCUCCCUACGGAAAGAACUGGAACCAGUCACCCAGCUCAUUAUCCAGUGGCGCAAACUGGAACUAAACUGUUGGUCGAGCAGUCUUGACAACGCGAUGAAGCGUCACACUGAGAAAUCAACCAAACACUGGUUCUCCAUCUACCAGCUGGUGGAGAGAUACAUGGAAGAGCAGAGGAUGGACACUAACACAGGUGAGGAGGUGGAGCGUCUGUCCUUGUCCUCAGUGUCCUCCACCCUGCAGGCAUUCAUGGAGGGAUCAACCCUGGGAGAAUUUGACACUCGUUUGUCCAUGCUGCUCAGCUUCCACUGUCACCUUCUGCUACUCCCCAACCAACCGGGACAAGAGGUUUUGUCGAGUCUUUUGUGGAACCUGCACAAAUACUACAGCCAGUUCUCUGAAUGCAUCCAGAGCAGAAUCACUCAGCUCAGACAGCCUAUCGAGAAGGAGCUUAAGGAUUUUGUGAAGAUCUCCAAGUGGAACGAUGUGAGCUUCUGGUCAAUCAAACAGUCUGUGGAGAAGACUCAUCGGACUCUGUUUAAGUUUGUAAGGAAGUUCGAGGAGGCCCUGAGUUGUCCAAGUGUCCCUUCUUUGGUGGAGCAGGGAAGCAGUGCAACGUUAGACAGUGUUGAUACUAACCCGGAGGAAACACCUAUCCAUCGGGUUCACUGUGCUCUGAAGAACAACCCGCCUGGGAAGAGCAGAGAUCUGGAGUGUGAUGAGGUCCUGGAUGAAGGAGCUGAGGCUUCAUCUCUGCAGGCUCGUUUGCCUGUUCUGUCAAAGAAAAUGAAGAAAAUGUGCAUCCAGCUGCUGAAGAAAAACCCUGUGCCUGAGCUGGCUGAAGACCUGGACAGCUUUACUGGUGAGGUGAUCAGUAACGUUCGGGACCUGCAGAGUCUGACAGUCGACACUUCAGCAGAGAAAGAGAAGCAGAAAGCUGAGGUGAAACACAUCCUGCUGCAGAAGCAAAGAGCGCUGUCUGAUCUAUUCAAGAUGCUCACAGAGAUAGGACUGUCGUACCGUAAAGGCCUGACAUGGGACAGGACUGCAGAUCCAGAGAAGACUUUGUGUCUGCAGCCGUUAGAGCUCAGCACGGCUCUGUCAGCUGUCAGGAACCAGGAACCAGCCGAGAGCACGUUGUUCCCAGAAUUGUUGACUGCAUGGGACGGAUGUCAGAAGUAUUUUUACCGUUCAUGGGCAAGGAGGACAGCUCUGCUGACCGCUCUGCAACAAGCCUCCAAGGAGCUGGGUCUGGGGAACAUUGAGCGCUGUAGAGGUUUCUCUGCUCAUCUUUUCAAGCUGCUGCUCAGACAGAGACGUCGGCUUUCAAAACUCACUGAGCAGUGGGUUUAUCUCAGGAGGCUGACAGACAGUGUUGAAGGCAUCAAGGCUGACCUUCAGAGUCGCAGUGAGGACCCUGGCUGUGCCCUUCCUCCUCAGGAGUUUCUGCAUAGCUGGGUCAGCAGAGGCCAGGAGCUGGCUGCCCAGUGCUCCACCCUCCUGCAGCAGCUGUCCUGGCUCCAUCAGUGCUGCCCUGAAGACCCGCAGCAGAACCAGGAGACAGGCUUCUGCAGGCAGCAAACCCUGAGGUGUCCAUCCCCGCUCGCUGCACACCGCCAACCCCCCGGCUGUCUGAUGAGGAAAGGAGACGCUGCAUGGUGUCAGCUAAACCAGCAAUUUAGCGCCAUGUUGAAGCAGACUCAGAGCGUAAAGACAGAGUUGGAUGAUGUGGCUCAGCAGACAUCUGACAGAGUCCUCCACACGUGGAAACACUUUGUCACAUGCUGCUCAGCCUUUAAUCAGCUGGGAACUGUAGCAGCACAGAUGCCUGGCAUGGAGCAGCUCUUCAGCCCAGCUUUGAGUGUCAGCAGCUCAGACUACCAGCCAGCCAUCACACAGAGCCUUCAGUACAUCAGAAGACAGGUGGAGACGAAUAUCACUGAGUUUACCACAUGGAAGACCCAGCUGCUCUCUAUUGGUCCCCAGGACUCAGAUCAGCAGCCAGCCUUCUGCUCUGAGUUUUCUGCUGAGCUGGAGACAAACAUCAACACAGUGCUGUGUGCCGUUCAGACACUCGUGAAGAGAAGAGAGAGAGACCAACAGCAUUUAGACGUCAAGAGGGAAGGUCCUGCGGAGGAGCAGGCAGAUGAAGAAGAGUCUGUGGAAGACCUGCUCAAGCCUGGGCACCUGACUCGUCUCCUGGAGGAGGAGCUGGCUGCAGAGGUGGAGGCUCUGUCUGUGGGAGAUGUGAGUGACGGGUUGGAGAGGCUGCUGAACCGCCUCAAGACUCACAGAGACUCAUGUCAGCCUUCACAACUGCAGGAGGUGAACAAGGCAUGCAGGAUGCUGGUGCGUCUUCAGCCUCUGCUCGGCGUUUACAAUGACGUUGUUAGGUUCUAUGUGUCCGUGUCAGUGGGAGCUCACAGGAGCACGGGGAAGCUUCUGUCCGUGCUUGCCAGCAUCUUCACUCAGCUCGCUCAGAAGGGUUUCUGCCUCCCACAGGAGCUGAUGGCUGGUGGGGAUGGAGAAGGAGCCACAGAGUUCCAUGAUUAUGAGGGCGGGGGUAUCGGAGAGGGUGAGGGUACCAAAGAUGUCAGCGACAAGAUCGAGAAUGAAGACCAGGUCGAGGACACAUUCCAGGAGGGUCAGGAAAAAGAGGAGCAGCAGGAAAAAGGAAACAUCAAGGCGGAGGACAACGCCAUUGAGAUGUCUGAGGACUUUGACGGACAGAUGCAUGAUGGGGAUGAGAAUGAACAAGAUGAGGACGAUGACUCCUCCAAAGAGGACGAGGAAGAGCUGGAUAAAAAGAUGGGUGACCUGGGUGAUGGACAGACGGAGACUCUUGAUGAGAGGAUGUGGGGAGAUGAUGAAGAUGAUGAAGAGGAAGGAAGUGACAAAGAGGAGGAGUCUGGACAGGGCAUGGACCAGGGUGAAUCUGAGCUUGUGGCUAAAGACGACAACCUGGAUGCUGCAGAUCCAAACAAAGAGAAGAAAAACCAGGACAAAGAUGAACAGAUGGAUGAGGAGGAGAGAGAGAAAAUUAAUGAACAAGGAGACCAGAGAGAGUUUGAUGAAAACGAGGUUGACCCUUACCACGGUCAGCAGGACAAAAGACCUGAGCCUGAGGCCAUGGAUCUACCCGAGGAUCUGAACCUAGACCAGGAUGAGGAGGGAGGGGAUGAUGGAGAGGGGGAGGGAGAUGAGGAGAAUCCAUUCGACAUUGAUGAUAAAAUCGCAUCCCUUGAUGAGAAGGACGAAGGACAGAAAGAUGGAGAGGAGGAGGGAGAGGAUGCAGCAGAGCAGAUGGAGGAAGAGCAGACGGACCAACCAGGAGAGGAGGACCCUCAGGAGCCAAAGAGUGAAGAAGACAAGGAGGAAGAGGGAGGAGCUGAGAGAGCAGAGGGAGAAGAAGAGUCUGCUGAAAAAGAUGAAGAGGAGAAAGGGCAGGAGACAGGGAGAGAUGAAGAUCACACUCUCAGUAAUGACAAAGGAGAAAAACCAAAGGAGGAGGAGGAAGGAGAGGGAGAAGAUGAAGAGCAGCCAGAGUCAGCAGAGAGGAAGGAGCACGCCACAGACGGUCAGACUGGAGAGCAGAACGUUCAGAGUGACACGGCUGUGGAGCUCGCUGGAGAGGCGUCAGAGAGAGACCAGGCCAAAGAGGAGCAUGGUACUGGAGCUGCAGAUGCCAGCCAAUCAGAAGGUCACCAGUCAAAGCUGACAGCAAGAAUGGCUUCACAGAAACAAACUCCGAGCAAAACUCAGAGCUUUAAGAGAAAACCAGGUCAGGCAGAUAACGAGCGAUCCACAGGUGAUUAUAAUGAACGAGUGAAUAAACGUCUGAAGACGGUGGAGAACAGGAAAGACCGCUGUGACGACAGCAGACAGAGUGACGCUCAGCAAGAAUCUGAUCUGUACGAACACAUCAAAGAGGGGGAGACCACGUACGACACACAGACUUACGAUGUUGCAAGUGCAGACCAGCAGAAAGCAGCCGGACCUCAGAAAGAUCAGGAUGAGGAUCAAAAUGAAGAGGACGUUGCCAUGGAAACAGAGAACCAGGAAGAGGACCUCCAGGCUGCUGAAGUCCAGGAGCUGAAACCUGAGCAGCUUGACUCCACCAAGGCCUCUAAAACAGGUGCAGACAGUGGAGAGAUGGAGGUGCAGACGCCGGUAGAGGGGGAGGAAGAGGAGAGGUGGAAGGAUCGACAGAACACCAGAGAAGAAGAACGAGAAGAGAGGAGCACAGAGUCAACGAUCCACACGGUUCCUGAGCUUCUGCUGGAGAACAUGCAGAAAGAAGAGAGAGACCCAGAGGAGAUCAGGAGGGAGAUGGAGCUGCAGCUGGAGGCCUGGCACAAACUGGCUCCAGGAACUGAGGAGGAGGAGAGUGCAGCGGCCUCCAUGUGGCAUCAGUACCAGAACCUGACCUCAGCUCUGUCCCAGCAGCUCUGUGAGCAGCUUCGCCUCAUCCUGGAGCCAACACAGGCCGCCAAGCUCAAAGGAGAUUACCGCACAGGGAAGCGUCUCAACAUGAGGAAGGUGAUCCCGUACAUCGCCAGCCAGUUCCGUAAAGACAAAAUCUGGAUGAGGAGGACCAAACCGAGCAAGAGGGAGUAUCAGAUCUGUUUGGCUGUGGACGACUCCUCCAGCAUGGUGGACAACCACUCCAAACAGUUGGCGUUUGAAUCUCUGUCAGUGAUCGUCAACGCCCUCACUCUGCUCGAGGUCGGACAGGUGUCUGUGUGCAGUUUUGGCGAGCAGGUUCAGCUGCUGCACCCGUUCCAGCAGCAGUUCAACGAUGAGUCUGGAGCUCGGAUUCUCCGCCUCUGUCAGUUCCAACAGAAGAAGACCAGGAUCGCACAGUUUUUGGAGACGUCGACUAAAAUGUUUGUAGCAGCUCGACAGCAGGUUCCUGGAUCUCUAAACUCAGAGACGGCUCAGCUGCUCCUCAUUGUGUCUGAUGGGAGAGGUCUGUUCCUGGAGGGGAAGGAGCGUGUGAUGGCUGCCGUACAAGCCGCACGCACCGCUAACGUCUUUGUCAUUUUUGUUGUUCUGGACAACCCAAACUCAAGGGACUCUAUCCUGGACAUCAAGGUUCCCAUAUUCAAAGGACCAGGAGAACUUCCAGAGAUCUGCUCCUACAUGGACGAGUUCCCCUUCCCUUUUUAUGUCAUCCUACGAGAUGUCAACGCUCUGCCCGAGACACUCAGCGACGCACUCAGACAGUGGUUUGAACUCGUCACGGCAGCUGACCAAUGAGAAGCCAUCUUUAAUGAGCAGCCAAGAAUCGCACAAUAAGUCCUCGCUGCUCUCCUCUCAGACACAAAUCAGAGAAAGACUGAGAAGAUGAAAAGACAGAUCUGUACAUGUGCCUUUAUUUUCUGAUUUUUACUGUAGAUUUGAUAGAUCUCUGCUGUUUUGUCCUUGUUAUCAGGGGAUUCUCAGUUUGUUUGGAGGAUUGCUUUAAAUUGCACGUCUGAGAUGAAAUGAUAGAAACAAAAAUGUGAUUCUUGUGUGUGUGAAACACCUCAGUGAAGAGUCAGUAAAUACCUCUGUACCCUUUGUAUUAUAGCCCUGAAAUCAUGUUUUAGUGUGGAUGUUUAGUCAGUGUUAAAACAGUCAUCACAUCGAUCAUCUUCAGUGUGAACACAAUAGCUGAUGUGACCUAACAGUAGCAUGUUGGUGAGGUCGGGACUGUGAAGGAACUCAAAAACGUGCCUUGGAGAGGAGGACAGUAUUUUAUCUCUCAUGCACUUUGAAGCACAGGGACUGCAGAUUCCCCUUUUUGAUAAUUGAAAAAAGAAACUGGUAAAGCCUGAGACGUAUCUGCAGCACUCAUCUUCCUUCCUGUCUGUGUGACCUCUGCUCCAUGAGAGCUCAGAGCUCCUCACUGUUUGUUAAAAGUAGAUGUAAAUGUUUGACACCUCUGUGUUUCGUAACGUGCUCUUACAUGUAAACAGACAUAUUUUAGAGGUUGUUUCUUCAUUGCAUCCAUGUGGAAAACAUGAACGAUACUGACAAUAAACAUUUACAAGGCUGA